UACCAACCAAAACCCUAUCCCUUCCCUUUUUUACAAUGCUAUUAUACUCGUCUUUACUUCUUCGAUCAUUCAAUGUUUUAAGUUCUUAACCUUCAUUGCAGCCCAAUUUCUGCUUCUUUUUCUCUUUCUAUUCGUUUGGCCUCCUUCUUUUUACUGUUAUUUCUUUCUCGUAUGGUUGGAUAUUAGAGAAACAUGAACGAAACGUAAAAUUGCUUGUUCGAACACAUGAUUAUAUCUCAAGUAGUAUAAUAAUGUAAUUUAGGUUAUACUGAAAGAAAAUCCUGUAAUUUAGAAACGAAUUUUAUACAAAUGCACUUUAAUUGUGUCUGUUUAUCUCGUAGUAUGAGCCUCUCUUGUUGCUAGUAAAAGGAGAAAAUUCAGAUCCAUUUAGAGCCCAAACAAAACUUGGGAGGUAUUAUACAAUACUUUCGAUGAGUACUGCCGGAUGGUCAGAUGAGGAAUGCUCUGUCAUCGGAGAAAAGGCAGAAAUUGGGUUUCUAGAUUUUGAGGAAGAGAAGUCUGUUUGCAGUUACAUUGAUAAUGAAGGGGCACCGAUUAUUGUAUCUGUCCCAUUUGCAUUUGUGGAUGGCAAGCCUCAAUCUGUAUCUGUAGGAGAUACUGCUGUGGAUUUAAUAACCAUUAGGAAUACUACUGAUGAACCCGUGGACCUGUGGAGUGUUCAUAUUUUUGCCUCUAAUCCUCAGGACACCUUCACUCUUUCUCUCACAGAACCUCCGUCAGCAAAUUCAAAUGCAGACGAAGAUCAGAGCUGUUUAGAAUCUUUCACUUUGGAGGACAGGGUGCUUCAGCCUGGUGAGAACUUAAAAAUAUGGUUGUCUUGCAAGACAAAAGAAAUGGGGAUGUAUUCGUCAGUUGUGUAUUUUGAUGUUGGAGAUGAAAAAAUCGAAAGGGUGGUUUUCCUCUUAGUUGAAGACAAAAUCUCCAAGUCUUUGGCUUCUAACAGGCCUUAUUCAAGAAGAAAGAAAAAAGACAAAUUUGUUGUAGAUACUUUUGUUGCAGGUUCACGUCCUGCAGGGAAGCCAACUCGAAGAUACAUUAAUAGGCUUCCAAAAUACGACAUUCCCAGGGACAUUAGACAGUUGCUUGAGAGCAAUCGGGUCCCUCAAGUUGUAGAAGAAGGUCUUACAAAAAGGACUUAUGCUUCUUUUUUCAAAACAUUAAUAAUCAUGGAAGAGAUACAAUUGGAGGAAGACAUGAGGACUUAUGACAUGGAAUGCAUAUCUAUGAGAAAGAGGGCCAAUCAAUUCGUGACUUUGGAGGUUCCCGGGCUAGCUGAGAGAAGACCCUCGCUGGUUCAUGGGGAUUUUAUCUUUGUCAAGCUCACAUCUGAACGUGAUAAUAACACCACACCCGUUUACCAGGGAUAUAUCCACCGAGUUGAAGCUGAUGAGAUCUAUUUGAAGUUUGAUCCUGGAUUUCACUUUUACCACAGGGAUGAAAAUCGCUAUGAUGUUCACUUCACAUAUAACAGGAUCAAUAUGAGAAGGUUAUAUCAAGCAGCUGAGGCUGCAGAAAAGUUGGUAACUGAUUUUCUUUUUCCAUCUACAUCCAGAAAGAGACACAUUAAAACCACUUCUCUGCUUCCCAUAUCUGGUACUUUUAACGAGGAGCAAAUUAGUUCAAUCAAAAUGAUUCUUGGUUGCAAAGGUGCACCACCCUAUAUGAUUCAUGGGCCCCCAGGUACGGGAAAGACAAGGACAAUGGUAGAAGCAAUUCUCCAGCUCUACAAAUAUCACAAGAAUGCUCGUAUUCUUGUCUGUGCACCCUCAAAUAGUGCAGCAGACUACAUACUAGAGAAACUACUUGCUCAACAGGAUGUUGAAUUUCGAGAGAAUGAAAUAUUCAGGCUCAAUGCAUCUGCCAGGCCAUACGAGGAUGUCAAACCUGAAUUUGUCCGCUUCUGCUUCUUUGAUGAAAUGGUAUUUAAGUGUCCCCCAGUCAAUGCCCUCAUUCAUUAUAGGAUCAUAAUAUCCACAUAUAUGAGUGCCUCUCUUCUUUAUGCUGAAGAUGUUUCCCAUGGUCACUUCUCUCACAUUUUUUUGGAUGAGGCUGGCCAAGCUUCUGAACCUGAAACCAUGAUCCCUGUAUCCCACCUCUGCACAAGCGAUACUGUUGUUGUUCUGGCUGGAGACCAAUUGCAGUUGGGUCCAGUAAUAUAUUCCAAGAAAGCAGAUGAGUAUGGGUUGGGGGUUUCAUACAUGGAACGGUUGUGUGAAUGCGAAUUAUAUGCCAGUGGAGAUACAAAUUAUGUAACACGACUGAUUAGGAACUAUCGAUGUCACCCAGUGAUUUUACAUCUCCCUUCAAAGCUGUUCUAUUGUGGGGAACUGAUUGCCUGUAGAGACUCCAAAUCUUUCAUGGUGAUUGGGGAUUUGCUACCUAAUAAGGAUUUCCCUAUUAUUUUCUAUGGCAUCCAAGGAUGUGAUGAAAGAGAAGGGAAUAACCCAUCAUGGUUCAAUCGAAUUGAAGCAAGUAAGGUUAUAGAAGUUGUCAGGAGACUGAUAGCCGGUGGGAAUAUAAAGGAGGAAAACAUUGGCAUAAUAACUCCAUAUAGGCAACAAGUGCUGAAAAUAAAACAGACACUUGAAAAUCUAGAUAUGCCUGAAAUCAAAGUGGGCAGUGUCGAACAAUUUCAAGGACAAGAGAAGGAGGUUAUUAUCAUAUCUACAGUUCGAUCAACUAUCAAACACAAUGAGUUUGACAGAGUCCACUGUCUUGGCUUUUUGAGCAAUUAUAGAAGGUUUAAUGUGGCUAUAACCCGUGCUAUAUCAUUGCUGGUUAUAAUUGGGAACCCGCAUAUUAUCUGCAAGGACGACCAUUGGAGCCAAAUGUUGUGGCACUGUGUGGACAAUUCAUCUUAUCAGGGUUGUUCUCUUCCUGAAAGGGUGGAACUUUAUGAAGAUGAGGACACUGGAGAGAACACUUGCUUUACUGAAGAUAAUGCAUCGCCCUCAAACAAUGUAGAAUGGGGUCAAGAUUCAUCAAAUAAUGGAGAAUGGGGUCAAGAUUCAUCCUUCACUAAACCUGUUACAGAUGAAGCUGAAUGGUCUGAUGGCUGGAGAAGUAAUUAAUCCAGCACCUCGGACUUGGACUUGAUACAUUGAUGUUUAUAUUCUUUUUUGUGUUUAUUUAUAUUCUUUCCAUGCAGUUAGAUACUAGAUUUUGAGGGGCACCCUGAUUUUGUGCAUGGUAAGCUUUUAGGUGAUGCUUCGGGAACUUUGCAUUCUCGAUUAGUUGUUCUGCGUUUUGUUCUGGCUUUUAGCCGCCGCCUAUAACCAAAAAAGGUUUCUGUGGACUUUUGUUUGGAACGAGGCCUAGUUGAGGAUAAAA